AUGGAAUCUGAAAGAGUCACAGAAGUGGCUCUCAAGACCAUCCAACGAUUUCACCAGAUUGGCCACCAUAGCACAGUGUGUGAGGCGCCUCCAGAGACCGCAAAACGAAAAUUUGCUUUCUUUUCUGCAACCGCGAGGGAAAACGGGGCCUCAAGCGAUGGUACCUUCCACCGCAACAAUGUCAAGUCAGACAGUGUUGACGGUGGCGGUGUCGGCGACGGUAGUACUGGCAGUGGCGACGGUGGGGUUGGCAUAGGAAGCGGCGAUAGCGGUAACGGUGGUGGACGAUCCUUGUUUAUCUUCUCCGAGAGUAAUCUACUUCGAAAGGCGGCUAAAACACUCAUCGAUUGGGGAUAUCCUUUUACAAUGACCGCGAUGUUGUGCACCAUCACCGCGAACUGUGUGUGUCUUGCCAUGGAGGUCCACCUACCCAACAAUGAUCGCCGACCCAUCUCCACAAGAAUGGAAUUCCUUGAAAAUUAUUUCCUAGGAAUUUUUACAUUUGAGGCAAUUCUGAAGAUAGUAGCUCUUGGAUUUGUAUUACAACCCGGGGCCUAUCUGCGCAAUGUCUGGAACCUCCUCGAUUUCACCGUCGUCAUCACCGGCUACAUCACAGUGUUUGCUCAAACAGGAACAGGAAUUGACCUACGAACACUCAGAGCCGUUCGCGUUUUACGACCGCUCAAACUGGUUUCCGGAAUACCCAGCCUUCAAGUUGUCCUCAAGUCCCUCAUCAAGGCAAUGGCGCCCCUCCUGCAAAUAGGUCUUCUGGUCCUCUUUGGAAUAGUCGUUCUAGCGAUCGUGGGGUUGGAGUUCUACGGUGGCGGAUUCCAUCUAACCUGUUUCGAUGAACGGAAUCCUCAAGAAUUGCCCAAUUCCAUCCCCACUGUUGCCCGCUUAGUGCCCUGUGUGAUCACCAAUGACUCACACACCCAUGGAAAAGGUGUUCCACCCGGUGCCUUUGUCUGUCCCGCCGGCUAUGUCUGCAAAGGCUACUGGGAGGGUCCCAAUUAUGGCAUCACCAGCUUCGACAACAUCGGCUACUCCAUGCUCACCGUCUUUCAAUGCAUCACCAUGGAAGGCUGGACGGAUAUCAUGUCGUCGACGGACUUUGCCUUCGGAAAUCGCUUCAACUUCUACUACUUCCUCACCCUCAUUGUGGUCGGAUCAUUCUUCAUGCUCAAUCUCGUCCUCGGUGUGCUGAGUGGAAACGCUGCCACCCAGUUGGUGAUAUUCUGGUUGCAGCCUAUGACAAUUUUGACGACUUGUAUGACAUUGGAAAGGGAGGAGGGUUGGAGAGGAAGGCAUUCAUUCAUAGCUGUGGUAGGGAAUGAAGAAGCCUCCAGCCUUGGUGGUCAGAUUUCCCAAUGCUACAUUUGGAGGGGGAAGUAUCAAACUGAGGAUUUACGAAAGCUUAUCUUUAACUUUUUCGGCCUGCCUGAGGAGAAACGAGAAUUUGCCAAGGAGAGAGAGAGGGUGGAGAAACGACGAGCCUUUCUUAAGCUGCGGCGACAGCAACAAACCGAACGCGAGUUGGACGGCUACAUAGAGUGGAUCCACAAAGCAGAGGAAGUUAUCUUGGCGGAAGAACAGACUACGAUGGCGGAAAAGUUACGAAUUCUGCAAGCUAGGCGGCGAGCCAAAAAGGAAAGCAAGAAUGGAAGGUCCUUCCCUGAACAAGAUUACGAAGGUUUGGAUUUGGGUGAUAAGCGGCGUUUUGCGGCAAUGAGGUCGGGAACCUGUUGUCGUCUGUUAAAACGCAUCAGGUGCAGAUGUCGCCUGUCGAUAAAAUCGCAAGCCUUCUAUCUCGUCGUGCUGGUGGUGGUGUUUCUCAACGCCAUUUGCGUCGCAAUUGAACACUACGGCCAGCCCGCCUGGCUUAGCGACUUCCUGCACCUUGCAGAGUUUGUAUUCCUGGGCUUAUUCCUCACCGAGAUGCUCCUCAAGAUAUUCGCCCUCGGUCCAUUCCUCUACUUCCAGUCAUCUUUCAACAUCUUUGACUGCGUGGUCGUACUGGCGAGCUUCUUUGAAGUCGUCUGGCAGAUGUUCUUUCCAACGGACUCCUUCGGAUUUUCAGCUCUACGAAGUAUUCGUCUAUUACGAAUUUUCAAAUGCACCCGGUACUGGGCCUCGCUGAGGAAUCUCAUGCUAUCGCUGCUGAACUCCAUGCGCAGCAUCGUCAGCCUCCUGUUCCUCCUCUUCCUCUUCAUGCUGAUAUUUGCUCUACUUGGAAUGCAGUUGUUUGGUGGAGGCUUUGCGUUUGAGGAUGGACAGCCGAGUCAACACUUUGACACCUUCGCAAAGGCUCUCCUCACCGUUUUUCAGAUUCUUACAGGCGAGGACUGGAACACCAUCAUGUACAACGGCAUCCGCUCGCAGGGCGGCCUCGCCAAAGGCGCCUUCAUCUACUCCAUCUACUUCGUCCUCCUCAUGAUCUUCGGCAACUAUACGCUUUUGAACGUCUUCUUGGCUAUUGCGGUUGAUAACUUGGCCAACGCUCAAGAAUUGACAGCCGUGGAAGAGGCGGAGAAAAAAAUUGCAGAGCAGAAGAAGGCCAACCAGCUGAAGGAACAGUACUUCCAAAUGGGGCUCCUCGCCAACGAGAGUCUUGUCAACUCGGAGAAGGAUAUGCCCUUCCCAUCCGAGCUUGUGUACCACGUGGACUGGAAAGUGGACGGCGGUUCCAUCCACUUCCCACCUCGUAUUCCACGCCGCUACAAUCACGUUGAUGUGAACAUUGGUAGAAUUAUCUUUUUGUGGUCCUUUAGAGAGAUCGCAACCUACCGUGAAGCAUUAUCCGCACACGGAGAUGAAGAUGGAAAGAGCACUUCCAGUGAAUUUUCGAAAGCUGAUGUGGGCAAGACCAUCCUGCCCUACAGUUCAAUGUACAUUUUUUCACCCUCCAAUCCCAUUCGGCGGUUCUGUCACUUUGUGGUGAAUCUACGAUACUUUGACCUCUUCAUCAUGAUCGUCAUCGCUUCGAGUAGCAUAUCCAUGGCGGCAGAAGAUCCAGUGGAUGAAAAAAAUCCACGAAAUAUUAUCCUGGAGUACUUUGAUCAUGCCUUUACCUGUCUGAUUGAUUUGGGCGUAUUCCUACAUCCCCACUCGUACUUCCGUGAUCCGUGGAAUGUCCUCGAUGCAGUUGUUGUUCUAGGUGCCCUUAUAGCCUUUUUCAACAAAAAUUUGGGAACUAUCAAAUCUCUACGCGUUCUGCGGGUGCUGCGUCCACUGAAAACAAUUCGACGGGUUCCAAAGUUGAAGGCAGUCUUUGACUGUGUUGUCAGUUCACUAAAGAAUGUCUUCAACAUCCUCAUUGUCUACAUCCUCUUUCAACUCAUCUUCGGUGUGGUGGCUGUUCAACUGUUUCAGGGGAAAUUCUUUGCUUGCAAUGAUCAAUCCAAGAAGACACGUGAGGAAUGUCAUUCAGUGGCCUUUUUUGAUCGUCAAACUAGGGGCUACUUCAUCUCCUUCGAGAAUUCUGACAUACCAGAGGUGAGGCCACGAAUUUGGUCCGCUAGGGCGUUCAACUACGACAACAUUGGCUACGCCAUGCUCACUCUCUUUACCGUCACCACUGGAGAAGGUUGGCCAGACAUCAUGAAGAAUUCAAUCGACGCGACUGAUGUCAACUACGGACCCAAAGCAGACUACCGUCAACAAGUUGCCAUUUUCUAUGUCAUCUUUUUUGUUGUCUUUCCCUUCUUCUUUGUCAACAUCUUCGUCGCUCUGAUUAUCAUCACUUUCAAAGAGCAAGGAGAAAAUGAACUUGUCGAUCAUGAAUUGGAUAAAAAUCAGAAACAGGAGAAAAAAAUGCUUUACUUUAUUUCCCUCCAGAAACAAUGCAUUGAUUUUGCUAUCAACGCCCAGCCACUUUGUCGCUACAUGCCGGAGGAUUCAAAGUCCUUCAAAUAUCGUAUCUGGCAAUUGGUUGUAUCAGGCCCCUUUGAGUACUUCAUAAUGAUCAUGAUAGCCCUCAACACGCUCGUCCUCAUGAUGAAGGCAAGACUUGCAUAUCAUCGACCGGAAAAGUCACUUCGUUCCACCCUAGAAGCUGAUGACAGUACAAAAGCCUAUGAGAGUUACUGUGCCUCUUUAAUGUAUCUCAAUACCGCCUUUACUGGGAUGUUUACCAUUGAGUGCCUUCUCAAAAUCUUGGCCUUUGGUCCACGGGUAGGUGAUUGGCUGGGAUUGCAUACCACCUCCUUCAAGAAUUACUUUAGAGACCGAUGGAACAUCUUUGACUUUAUCACAGUCAUUGGCAGCAUCACAGAUGUCUUGGUGACAAGUUUGCAGGAUACGUCUUUUCUGAAUUUGGGCUUCCUUCGACUCUUCAGAGCAGCACGGCUGGUAAAGAUGCUACGACAAGGCUACACCAUACGAAUCCUCCUGUGGACAUUCAUUCAAUCCUUCAAGGCUCUACCCUAUGUCUGUCUCCUCAUUGCCAUGCUCUUCUUCAUCUAUGCCAUUGUCGGCAUGCAGGCAUUGGACGACUCAUCUAGUCAAAUAACGACGCAGACAAAUUUCCGAACAUUUGGCAAUGCCCUCUUGUUGCUAUUUAGAUGUUCAACAGGCGAAUCGUGGCAAGAAUUGAUGCUCUCCUGCGACUACCCUCAACGGUGUGCGAACAAGCCUGAGAACACCUGUGGCAGUGCUGGCACCUACCUCUACUUCGUCUCCUUCAUCUUCCUAUGCACCUUUCUCAUGUUAAAUCUUUUUGUGGCGGUGAUAAUGGACAACUUUGACUACCUCACCCGUGAUUCAUCCAUCCUUGGCUCGCAUCACUUGGAGGAGUUUAUCCGUGUCUGGGCCGAGUACGACCCAGCGGCUACAGGUCGCAUCCACCAUAAUGACAUGUACGAGAUGCUGCGCAAACUUGAACCACCGGUGGGUUUUGGCAAGAAAUGCCCUUAUCGGUUGGCCUAUCGGAAACUAAUUCGAAUGAACAUGCCAUUGGAUGAUUCAGGGUGCGUGCAUUUCAAUACUACAUUAUUUGCGUUGAUUCGGGAGUCACUGAGCAUUAAAAUGGGUCCGGCUUCGGUAAUGGACAUCAAAGAUGCUGAACUGAGGGAUACACUCCGUGAAAUGUGGCCACUGCAGGCCAAAAAGAUGCUCAACCUCCUGGUUCCCAGUGAUGAAGAGCUAACUUGCGGAAGGAUGACAACGGGGAAGAUCUACACAGGUCUCCUUAUUUACGAGAAUUGGUUAGCCAAUAGGAGAGUAAACCAGCGUCAGGCUUCUCCACCUGAAAACUCUCAUCAAAAAUCAAGAGUUGAGGAAAUCAAAUCUCAACGAGAAGUCAUCCAAAUAAAUCCAAUUCACCAAAAUUUACAAAUAUCUCCAGUCACUAACUCAAUUCAAGAGCGUAAGAAGCGACAUUUCAGCAUAGAUGAGGCGGAAAAAGCCGUGCGACACAAUAGUAGGGCAGAAGCUAGCGAAGCUCCCCCAGACGCACACCUUUCCGCGGUUUCCAAUCACUCACCACCGAUAUGCGACCUACGACCACCAGCACCCCGAGGUCUGGUGCCACCGAUAGGAGGAACCGAAUAUUCCACAACGGGAUCCUCGCGACCGCCAAGCCCUUUCUUGGACUUCGCAUCUGCUGUCACCUCGUUGAUGCAGCAGGUGAACUUAAUGGUAGAGAGGGAGAGAAGUCAAAAGUUUCUUGGUCGAUCACCUAGUGAUGUUGAUUGGGACUCAAUAGUAGCAUACCGAUCACAACGGGGCCUUGGUAACCGUAGUCGAACACGGUUUCUGGCUGCUGCAACAGCCAACAUCUUAGCUCGCAAUGCGCCAAAAUCUUCUCACAAACCCAAUUAUCGUUUCUUCGGUGGGACUCCACACAGCAAUAGCAACAAUGCAAUAGAGCCGCCCCAUUCAAUCAGCGACAAUACUCCAAUGCUUUCAACGGAAAGUGUUUUACCCAGGGGGACCAUUGAGCAUUCGGAGGUAGAAAAUGCUCCUCAGGAUAAGCCCUUCGUGACAUCACGGCUUCUUAAUGCCCCGAGUGACUGGGAGGCUACGAUCGCGUCCAAUAGUUUAGCUUUACAUACCCUUCACGAGGACUGUCGUCAGACCUGUUCUCCCGACUAUCGAGAGCCAUCAACCAGUUCUGUAGAGACACCACCGCCAUUAAAAUGCCCUUCUAAAACCCCCAAAAUUAACUUUCCAACUCUCUUAUCGUCGCCUACUGAUGAAGUCCACAAGAUUCCAAUUUACUUUCCGAAUUAUCAGAUCACGACCACACUAUAUGGACGCAGUGAUGAUGUGAGUCAAAACGGAAUGCGAUAUCGAAUGCCAAGCAGACCUCUCGGUAAUGAAGCUGUGCCACCUCAAAGGGUGUCAGAUAUUGAAAGGAGGGAGCGGACUUGUCGGCGGCCACAGAAUUUCCUUCCUAUGAAGUAUGACUGUGGACAUUAG